GCCAUAUGGUUGAGUGAAACGACUUCCCAACCCUGCGUUCAAUCCGGUAGAACACGAAGUCUGUGUCCGUUGAUUUUCCCUCUUCUUCUUCUACCUCCUCCUCCUUCUUCAACGAAACACUCACCAAAUUGCGCAUUCGCAGCGAUGGAUUAUUCAGGCUACAACUUCCAGCAGCAACCACAGCAACAUUCCUAUGGUUACGACCCUUCUCAGAUCCCAAUCCAACCCUACGAUCAAUCCUAUGCUGCGUACCAACAAUACUACGCUUACAAUCCCCAAUACGCGUAUUUCCCCAACGCACACCAAACCCAGUUUCAGUUCCAACCCGAACCUGCUCCGCUUCACCCUCCCGGCGUCAACCCCUCCGCUGCCGAACCCGCCCCGACUGGGCCAUCUCAAUACAGAGGUAGGGGUGGCAGGGGUGGUAGACCAUUUAGAGGGGCCGGUCGUGGUCGAGGCCAUGGUAGGGGACAUGGAGUGGGGGGUGUUAGACACAUUCCAUUUCAUUCUUCUGGACCUGUUGUUUCUAAUGUGCCAGCUCGAGUGCAACCACCAGUACCACCACGUAAAGUGUGUUGUGAAAUUUGUAAGGUUGAGUGCAAUUCUCCAGAAAUCUUGGAGCAACACAAGGUUGGGAAGAAACAUCAGAAGAAUAUGAGGGUGCAUGAAGAAUUGCAGAGGCGCAACGCUAUAAAUGAACAACAGAGUGGGGAAAUUCCUACCUCUCAAUUGAAUUUAACAGACCAACCUAAGGAAGUUCAGGAGUCCGAGAAAAAUGGACACCCCACAGAAAAUAUGGGCUCUGGGGUUAUAAUCAAUAAUCAUGAGGAGGAAAUACAGCUGCAGAAUAACGUAGGAAACAUGUCCGAGGUUCCAGCUGAGGUGCCCGAGGGGAAAACCGUGGAUAACUCUGCUGCAAGAGGCCGAGGAUUGAAGCGGAAGAAGAAAGGAGGAAAAGGAGGUAAAUACAUGAGAACUAAUGAUGGUUCAAAGCCAGUGGAGCCUGCACAAACUAUGUCUUUUAGAUGUGAGCUGUGUGAUGUUAAAUGUGAGUCACAAGUUGUUUACCAGAGUCAUAUGACUGGGAAAAAACACUUAUCAAAACUAAGGCGUGCUUCAUCUGGAGUAGGCCAGCAGCAAGCCCUGUCUGGAGCACUCUCAGGGCUUCAAGCAGUUUACCCACCUGACAUCAACGCUCUGUCUAAUGCAAUUAAUGCUCAAGUUCAACAAGGUGAUAAUGAUCCACAGGUACUUUUGGCUCAGCUCCUGAUGACCGUACUAUCUCAAGCACAAGUUCCAGCAACAGCACCAGUGACAGGUGCCAUAGCUUCUCAGAUACCAGCACCAACAUCUAUGGCUGGACCAAGUUAUGAACCCCAGUUGUUGCAGACAAAUUCUUCUGGGGAAACAAAAACUGAGCUGCCAGGUUCAAGUGUCAGCACCCAAAUUGAAGGUGGAGGUUCUGAAACCAAACAACAGGUGUGAACUUCAGAUAAUGCUGGUGGUGCUGACACCUGCAGCCAAUUCAGGUGCAGCAAAUGACCAAUUAACCUUCAGAACAUGAAGCUCCAAUCACUUUGGUAGGACCAAAGAAUAUUUAAUGACUCUCUUUCUUUAACUUUUCACUUUUUUGGACCCAAAGGGUUGUUAAUUAUCUGUCGGGAUUUUAUUCUGUCAGGGAGAUUUGAAUACUGUAGGAUUUGCUCAUGUGAAUGUUGGGAUGUGUCAAAAACCCUUUAUGUUACUGCAAUGUGCAAAAUACCUUGUUGGGACUGGAUUGGUGAACGUGAAUAUGUUAGCAUAAUGCAGUUUAACAUUUAAGAAAACUGAUAAGAUUA